AUGAUCUCUGAAUUUUCAGUGCUACGUCAGCGAGGGGGAUCGUUAGGCACAAGCGGUUUGAAGGAGGGGCCACAGAAAAGCGAAUUGGCUGUCGUCACCUCAGAAUCACAAUCGUCGUCCUCAAUACGUCGCAAGUCGCAAUCGUCGCCAGCGUCGCCGCGACAGCAAAUGGCAGACGGAUUGUCGCCUGCUGACGAAUGUGUCGGUCGCGCCGCGACACCGUCUCAACAAGAAGGCGGUGGCAUGUGUUUGCGGAGUUCCAGAUAUGCUUUAAGACGGCGUCGCUCCAUUCAACAAAAAGAUGAGGAGGGUUGCGCAACGAGUAGCUUAGCGGCUACCGCGGACGAGACGGUACAACCAUGUAAAAGGUUCAAGCCUGAGUCGCCCGGAGAAGCUCGAAAGAAUAGCAUUACUACGGACUAUUUGGAACCUCCAUCUGAUGGCUCGUGCUACGUCGAUCGCUUACCCGAUGAAAUAGUUCUUAAGGUUUUUUCGAAUUUGUAUGAAACAGACUUGGCUCGGUGCGCAGGAGUGUCUGGAAGGUUUUAUCGGAUAUCCAAUGAUGUUAAUUUAUGGAAAACAUUAUACCAAGGCGCAUUCGAAUACACGAUACCUAUGUAUCAUCCUACACAUGGAAAAUUCGAAUUGAGAGAACCACACAAGUGGCGAGGCACCUUGAACCCGUGGAAGGAGAGCUUUCGACAGUUGCGGCAUGCCAUCCAUGUGCGGCCCCGAUACGCCCAUAUUUACGAAGGCCACAUUGGGAGAAGCAUUCCACACUUCGAAACUCUAACCCAAGCACUUCAAUUUCUCGAUGCCGAACCGGAACGUGAGAAGUUGAUUCUUCUACAUACCGGCCAUUACUUCCCAGAGCCGAUUCUGAUCAGCACCCCUGUACAGAUCAUUGGUGCAAGUUCCCAGUGUCCGAUCAAUAAAGCUGUCGUGAUUGAACAGCGAGACGAUACAACAGUAACUCUCGUAGAGGGAUCGACUGGUGCCUAUAUUGGCUACAUAACCUUGCGAUUCAAUCCGGACAAAGCACCUCCUGCAGUGCCUCAUCAACAACACUAUGCGCUACAGGUAACGGAGGAAACGUCACCAUUGAUUGAUCGUUGCCACAUAAAUUCAACAUCCUCUGUUGGAGCAGCUGUAUGUGUGAAAAGAACGGCAGCCAAUCCGAAGGUGAGGCACUGCACGAUCACCGAUUGUGAGAACGUUGGCAUCUAUAUAACGGACGGGGCUCAGGGUCAAUUCGAGGAUUGUGAGAUUGCUAGGAAUUCCUUGGCAGGGGUUUGGGUAAAGAAUCAGGCCAAUCCAUUCUUCAGAAGGUGUCAUAUUCAUCAUGGAAAGGAUGUUGGAGUGUUCACAUUCGAAUAUGGCAUGGGCUACUUUGAGAAAUGCAAUAUUCAUUCGAAUCGUAUCUCCGGUAUAGAAGUCAAGAACAACGCAAACCCUACCGUGGUUCAUUGCGAAGUUCAUCAUGGUCUAACUGGUGGUAUCUACAUACAUGAAAAAGGUCGUGGCAGGUUCAUGGAAAAUCGUAUCUAUUCAAAUGCAUUUGCUGGCAUCUGGAUCACAGGCAGUUCGGAUCCGACCAUCCGAAAGAACGAAAUUUAUGCAGGGCAACAAGGAGGCGUGUAUAUCUUCGGCGAUGGACGAGGUCUCAUCGAGCACAACAACAUUUACGGGAAUGCACUGGCUGGUAUUCAAAUCCGAACUUGCAGCGAUCCAAUUGUUCGACUAAAUAAAAUUCAUGAUGGACUACAUGGUGGAAUUUAUGUGCACGAAAAAGGGAAAGGCCUCAUUGAGGAGAAUGAGGUUUAUGGUAAUACCCUCGCCGGCAUUUGGGUUACGACUGGUUCUUCACCUAUUUUGAGGAAGAACAGAAUCCAUUCCGGAAAACAGGUUGGCGUUUAUUUCUACGAUAACGGGCAUGGCCUUUUGGAGGAGAAUGACAUAUUCAAUCAUCUUUAUUCGGGUGUUCAAAUUCGAACCGGUUCAAAUCCAAAGAUUACGAGAAACCGUAUUUGGGGUGGUCAAAAUGGCGGCGUUUUGGUCUACAACGGUGGAUUAGGGAUGUUGGAAGACAACGAAAUUUUUGAUAAUGCAAUGGCGGGCGUCUGGAUUAAGACAGACAGUCAUCCAACACUUCGCAGAAACAAGAUUUAUGACGGACGUGAUGGUGGAGUGUGUAUAUUCAAUAAUGGAAGGGGCCUCCUUGAAGACAAUGAUAUUUAUCGCAAUGCGCAGGCAGGAGUGCUAAUAUCAACUGAAUCUAAUCCAACACUUCGUCGAAAUCGUAUUUUCGAGGGGAAAGCUGCUGGAGUAGAAAUUACAAAUGGUGCUUCUGCAACGUUGGAAGCAAAUCAACUUUUCCACAAUAAGUUCGGAGGUCUGUGUCUUGCUACGGAUGUGAAACCGGUGUUACGCGACAACAAAAUCUACGACAAUCAUAACGCGGUGGAGAGAGCUGUCGGACGAGGCCAAUGUCUUUUCAAGAUCAGCAGCUGUACGUCGUUCCCGAUGCACGAUUUCUACCGGUGUGUCAGUUGUAAUACUACUGAUCGCAAUGCGAUCUGCAUCAACUGCAUCAAAAACUGUCAUCGAGGCCACACUGUCGAAUUCGUGCGACAUGAUCGAUUCUUCUGUGAUUGUGGAGCUGGCACGCUGGAGCAUCAGUGCCGUCUGCAAACGGAAGUACGUGACAACGACACCGUCUAUGACUCGGCCACGCCGACCGGCUCAGACACACCUAAUAUGUUGUGA